UUCACCAAUCUACCCGAAUUGGAGUGGGGGAAGACUCGAAGACAUCAUCAGCUGAUUUUUGGAGCAGGAGGACGCAGGGGAAGAUGGCGAAACUCCGGCACGCCGUGUGGGAGCUAUCAUCGAAUUUCUCGUCGAAUCGAUACUUUUCAAAAUUACUCUCACCUCCUUGGUGUCAACACUCAUUGCAGAAUGGAAAUCUUCGUAAAGCAGCAACGAACGCAGCUGAGGACGUAUCUGAAGAUGCCCUGAUCAUCAGUGACAGUUGCGUGAGGAGACUGAAGGAGAUAUCUCAGGAUGGCGCUUGUUUGCGAGUUACUGUCGAGGGUGGAGGAUGCUCUGGGUUCCAGUACAAAUUUGAUUUGGAUUCUACGGUUCACGACGAUGACAAAGUUUUCCAAAAGGACGGAGCCAAGAUCAUAAUAGACUCCACCUCCCUGGAGUACGUGAAAGGCUCAACGAUUGAUUUUCACUCCGAAUUAAUUCGCUCUGCCUUCAGAAUAAUAAACAACCCCCUUGCUGAACAAGGCUGCAGCUGUGGUGCAAGUUUUGCUAUUAAGGUUGAUUGACACUAAAUAUUAAUAACUGUUGAAUUCAUGUAGUUGUAUAUUACAGUAUAUAUUUUUUAAAAUGUUUAUCAAAGCUUAAGAUAUUCGUCAAUUUGUGGGAUCACGCUGUAUUUUAGAUAAUUUACUUCAACUCCAGAGUCUCAACGUUCAUUGAUAAGUUAUUAGUGUACAUACUAGUUAAUUAUUAAAAACGUACGACAGAUAAAA